GGUUAUAUUAAACGCUCACUCAACUGACUCAACGUUUGUGUCUCCUGAACCUACGACACUAUUCCUCACGACAUACGACAUAACCUGUGCGACUAUUAUAUAUAGUAUAUUUUCUUAUUUUUUUAGUUUUGUUGGUUUUAAGGUAAUAAAAUGAGUGAAAUAGAAUUUGAGAAGCUUCUUAAUGACAGGGAGAUAAUAGCUUUUGUCCGUUCAAAGCCCUUGUUGUGGCAGAAGUGUAUUAAACUUGACAAAGACAGCAUCAAUCAAGCAUUUUCGCAGAUUGGCUCCCUAUUGUCAAAUCCACUGACAGGUGAUGCGGUUUCAAGUCAGUGGCUCCGUCUCCGAAACCGGUAUUCAAAGGAAAUGCGCAAGAUAGCUGCCAGUCAACGCUGUUCUGUAAAUAAAUUCUACAAGCCAACGUGGACUCUUUUCAAUGAAUUGUCAUUCCUCAAGGAUGUUAUUAAACCUAAAAGAAAGUGCAAGCGGAAACUAAUAUUUCACGUCAGAAAGAAAAGACAAAAGUUAUGCAAAGACACACAAAUCAGUGACAGUCCUGUUAACAUUGUCAUUCCCUCAUCUAUCACGCACACUCCUGAAAACACUGAAACGGUCAUAUGGACAGACAACCAAAUAAAAGAGGAAAGCCUAGUAAUAGAAGAAAGCCAAGUAAUAGAAGAAAGCCAAGUAAUAGAAGAAAGCCAAGUAGUAAAAGAAUAUGUCAACCUGUGGAAUGCACAGGUUGAAGAUACUAAUACACCAGCACAGGUCAAAGAAACAAAUACACCAGCUGCUGAACCAUUUGACGAUUCAGUAUACACAUUGAACAUGUUGACUUGUGGGAGUCAGUUAUCCACUGCUCCCCCACCUGAUCACUCUGACAAUAAAGAGAAGAUUAGGAUAGAGCAAACGCACAGCAUAAAUACAAGCACUGCAGCAAAAAUAAAUUCUGUCUAUGAUACUAUCGGUGUUAAUUUAACACAGCCUGAGUGUACUUCAUCCAUUGAAGAUGAGUGUGCCCUGGUUCUCAUUAGAAGCUUUCUUAAGAAAGUUCCUUCAAAUAUGAAGAUUAAAUGUCUGAGAGAUAUUAUGAUGGUAUUAGAUAACUACUCUUCAAAAUACCCUUCUUUCUGAAUAAACACUUUUUCUCUUUGUACAAUGUCUUCCAUAAAGUGUUCUAAAAUAGAAUAUUUUUAUUUUGUUUGAGGUAAUUUAUGCUAGAAGAAAGAACUGUUACCUUUUACUUUAUUGAUAUGUGGGCAAAAAAUACAAUUCUAUUUUUUUACUCAAACAUACAACUUAUUUUUAUUUUUACUUCAACUAUUUAUAAAAAGUAUAAAUAAUAUUCGCUAGUUUUAUUAGUUAUUGAAACUGAACUGGAGUGAGUAGUGGAUUUCUAAUGCUGGACAUCCAUUGAAGAUGUAUAAAUAAAAACAAAGCCGCAAUAUACGUUAGUAUUUCCUGGGAAGCGAACUACCUAGUUUUAUUAUUUAUUAUUUUAUUAUGUAUUCUUGUAUUGCUAUUGUAUAAUUACAAUACAAGAUUCCUAAUGGAAUUCCUAAUGGAAAUGUAUAGUUUUAUUACAAUUAUAUUGAUUUGCACAAUAAAAUAUAAUUUUAUAUUGUACAA